CAGGUCAUUCAAUUCAUUCCUUACAAACAAAAAUAUAUAAUUUUCUUAUUAAAAAAAAAAAAGAGAAAAGAAUAAUGGCAAGAGUUCAUCUAUUGUUAUGCUUCACCCUUCUAUUUGCAUCUGUAACCCUUUUUGACGCGGCUUCAGCUUUUCUGAAGCUAAAGCCAUCUUUGCCUCAGAUUGAAGAGCCGAAGACGGUGGGUGAUGUGGAAGGCUACACUGUUCAAGUAGUGAUGGUAUUUGUGGGGGACCUCGAGAAAGAAUGUCCUAAAACAAGCAAAUUCAAAAUGUUCUUCGACAAACUCAGAGGAUUUGCCAAGUAUGUUUGCCCACUAAAAAUAUCUGGCAAAAAGGAUGAUGAUGACAUGAAGGCCAAAGAAGCAGGCAUCCUCAAAACCAUUGCCUCUUUUGCUAUUGGAAGGAUAAAGAGGGAAAUUCAAGAGGAGAAACAGGAAGCUAUCGAAACCUUUAAGUUUAUGAAAUCCUUGGCUGGUAGAAUUUUGGGUGGCCGCAAGAAAGAAGAGAAAGCAACCACGACACUAACACCUGAACAGCUGAAAGAAAUCAAAGAUGGGAUCUUGAAGUGGCAGACUGUGAUUGUUAAGAUCACAAACACUAUGGUAGUUAGCACAACAAACACUGAAGGCUCUGCUGGUUCAAAUCCCGGAGCUGGAACUCCCUCUACGGAUACAAACAAUGAAUCUCAAGGUACUCCCUCUGCGGACAAAAACAAUAAAUCUCAAGGUACUCCCUCUACGGAUACAAACAAUGAAUCUCAAGGUACCACUGGAGGCUCUUCGAGUCCUAACUCCGGAAGCGCUACUGGAAGUCCAUCAAACAAGCCGUCAACUGGUUCAAAUCCUGGAGCUGGAACUCCCUCUACGGAUACAAACAAUCAAUCUCAAGGUACCAAGAACACUGCUUCAAGUGGAAGUACAACUACUAGCCAGACCACGGAGGUGACAGUGACAGAAGUCGAGACUCAGACUUCCGAACAAGUUAUGACAUUCCUAAUGAACCUAGAGAAGAAGUGUCCACCGAAGGAGGAAUACAAGCAAUUUUUCGAGAAGCUAAAGAGUACCAUGGCAGGUUCCGCAAAGGUUGCUUCUCCUAAGAAAAAAGGAGGCUUGUUCUCUAUGAUCAAAGGUGCUGUUGGGAAAAUAGGUGAUGCCAUGCAAUUUAUUCGUUCAAGAAUUGGAAACAAAUCAGCAGAAGUAAAGAAGUCAAUGGAAACUUACCAAACAGAAGUGAUAAAGAAUAUGGAAGAGCUAAAUGCAAUCUACGCUAAAAUUGUAAGCCAAAAUCAAAGCAAGAAAGGAGGAGCAAUGACAUGCACACCAGAACAACAAGCAGAGAUUAAGACGACAAUCACCAAGUGGGAACAAGUCACAACCCAGUUCGUUGAGGUUGCUAUUAAGAGUGAAACUUCGACAACUACUUCUACUUCUACUUCUACAUCAGACUCCAGGGGAACAGCGCAGGCAAAUUGAACUGAAGCUAAGGUGUAACUUCACCAAGUUGGCAAACUAGUAACCAAUAGCUAAUAAUUUAGAGAUUUUUAUUUUUGAUUGCAAAUAAAACAAAUAUCGGUGUAGGCUAGCAAUAUAUCUAUUGACCGACCUAUGCAAAAUAAUAACUAUGUAUAAGUACAUAUAGAUUGUAAGCAUUCUAUAUGCUAACAUCCAAAAGUGAUGAUUAAUGAAAGAAAUUUUUGUGGUAAU